CUACGAUAGACGAAAAGAGUGUAAGGGGGCGUGGCCAUCAGCUGCGACGCCACUCGAAGGGGUGAAAGUCGAAUUGUACGUCAACAUUCGAGGCCUCGAUCCUUUUAAAUUACGGGCAGUAAGCAGAGAACAUAUAGAAUGAAUUUGUCCUGAGACCUCUCUCAGGGUUUUUGGACAUUGAGGAUGUAAAGAAACGAAAGAUACUACAGCAAUGGCCGUGAUCCACCGGGCCCUUUUCACAUGGCUGCUGGUGAUGCUGUUCCUGGUCUUCGUGGCGCUGAGAGUCGACUCAAAAACGCAGUGGAGCUGGUUCGUCGUGUUCGUGCCGAUCUGGAUCUACGACAGCAUCCUGUUGCUGUACAUCCUGUACCAGAUAGCGCAGCAUCUCAAGGGCGGUAGAGUUGUCAGCAACAUCCCCAUACAGCGCAAACUGUGGUACCUGCUGGCCUGGGCCCUCAAAGUGUCAUUUCAAGUACUCUUGUGCGUCUACCAGGACAGUAGCGUCAAAGAUAGGAUGAGGUUGUUCUACGUCCUGACGCCCCUGAUUUGUUUGCUCUCCCUUGGAAGCUUGGACGUUCUCUAUGUGCUAGUCAGGGGCCGCCUUCGCUAUCACGAUCCCUCAGACAUGUGAAGCAGUGAAUAUACUGGACUUUUGGAAAAUAAAGUUUAUAAUGCUCUUGA